UGUGGCUUCGCGGGACUGACAAUUCGAGAACUUGUCAGGACCCAUUUCUGCGCGCUCAAUCGCUUACUAUGUCUUGAAGCCUUACCAAUCGCAAAAGCCUCAAUGAGUAAGACGCCUUUAAGCUCACCGCCAAAAAGCAUGUCUUCAACGCGUAUCAUCACCAAACUCACUCAACUCCUCGGAACUUCGACGCCAAUAGUCGUCCCUCCGAUGGCUGCUGCAGCUGGCGGAGCAUUAGCUGCGCAAGCCAGGAUUGCCGGAGCCUUCGGAUUCAUACCCGCAGGCUACAAAUCCCCAGAAUGGCUUCAAUCCGAAAUCUCUCUCGCUCGUUCACUUCUCCCUCCUUCUCCUUCAGACACCAUCCUCCCUGUCGGCGUAGGCUACUUUGGCUGGCAACUCGACAAAGAAGAGGACCCCUCCGAGUCCAUUCCGCCCACCCUGAAAACAGCACUAUCCAACUCUGUUCAAGCAAUCUGGUUCUCUUUCGGUACCAACCUCGGCAAAUGGGUCCAUCUCGUCCGUAAACAUAGCCCAAAAACGAUCAUUUUCAUUCUUGCCAACACAGUUCAAGAAGGCCGAACUGCAAUUGAAGAAUGGAAGGCUGAUGUUCUCGUUUGUCAAGGAAACGAAUCAGGAGGACACGGCCUCUCUUCUUCUCCACCACUCUCAGCUUUCCUUCCUUCCAUCCUCCCCUUCUCUUCCACCACACCCAUCCUCGCAGCAGGAGGCCUCGCAACCGGUUCCCAUAUCGCUUCCAUGUUGACUCUCGGUGCUUCCGGCGCUGUCCUAGGUACACGCUUCCUCCUCACCUCUGAAUCCUUCUAUUCCCCUGCCCAACGACAGGUUCUCAUCAAUUCAGACUCCACCUCUACUGUUCGAACUAUGGCUUUCGACAUUGCUAGAAACACCCUUGAAUUCCCUUCUGGCGUUGACGGUCGUGGAAUUCGGAACGAGACCGUACAAGAUUUCGAAAAUGGUCUCGAUCCUGAAAACCUCAAUAAACGGUACAUCGCAGGGUUAGCUCUCGGGGACACCGCUCGUAUUGUCGUCUGGGCCGGAACAGGCGUAGGCCUUAUGAAUUCCGUUAAACCUGCAGCGGAACUAAUCAAGGAAUUGCAUUACGAAUGUGUACAACGGCUCCACGCAGGAUCCAACAUGUUAUCAUAAUAUUUACAUCGACCGCUUUCUCUAGUGUACAAUCUCGACAAAACCAAACAUUUCAAUCAAAAUCGCAAAAAAGCCAACCAACCUUCUUGAACUGCAACUCUCUUGAUAUGACCAGACACAGGAGCCGUAACCGCCGAUUCCAUCUGCGUGUUACGGGAAAACAUCAGAAACACAACACCAAAAAUAUCCAUCCAAUCUAGCAUACCUUCAUCGCACUCAUGACGCAAAUAGGGUCUCCCUUCUUGAU